AAAGAUCUUUUAGCAGCAGCCGGUGCAUAGGAAGCCAGGGCAAACCCCGACAUGGUAAAAACGCCAAAACGAGCCCCUUCUCGGCCAAUAAUUCCCCAAAACCAGAGGCAGGGGGACCCGGCGGGUACAAACUUGCAGCCCGAGCGACCGGCGAGGAGCCCGGCCCCGUCUGCAAGUGUUCAAUCAACUGGCGUUUUCCCGACGGGAUGAGUGAAUUCUGGCUGUUCACAGGCCAGGAUGAGCAAGAACCGCAUACAAUCACUGAAGCAUUACGGUUGGAAAAGAUCUUUGAGAUCAUCAGGUCCAGCUGAUCACGUAGGAAAGUCAGUGCAAACCCUGACAUGGGGUCAUCCCUAUGAGGCCACACCUUGAAUCCUGGGUUCAGUUUUGGGGCCCACCAAGGACCUUCAGAGGCUGGAGCACAUCCAGAGAACGGAGCUGGGGAAGGGGCUGGAGAACAAGGGUUCUGGGAGAGGCUGAGGGCCCUGGGGCUGUUUAGCCUGGAGAAGAGGAGGCUGAAGGGAGACCUCAUCGCUCUCUACAGCUCUCAGGAAGGAGGGUGUGGUGAGGUGGGUGCUGGGCUCUGCUCCCCAGUGACAGGACAUAGGAUGAGAAGAAAUGGCCUCAAAUUGCACCAGGGGAAGUUUAGAUUGGAUAUUGGGAAAAAUUCCUUUCCUGACAGAGUGGUGAAGCCCUGGCAGAGGGUGCCCAGGGCAGGGGUGGAGUCUCCAUCCCUAGAGAGAUUAAAACAGCUGUAGAGGGAUUCAAAAAGCUGUAGAGGUGGCACUUUGGGCCGUGGAUUAGCAGGCAGUGGGAGGGCUGGGCUUAUGGUUGGACCAGGUGAGCUGAGAGGGCUUUUCUGGCCUCAGUGAUUCCAUGAUUCUAUGAACUACCUAUUUUAAACUGGUAACACUUCUUUUGAAAAGAUGCCGCUGUUUAUAGCUAAGUGUUUCCCAGUCAGCAGAGAGCAGCUGCCACGCUGGGGACAUCGAUUACAUGUGUGCAACAGUUUAAAAGUUACUCACACGAAUGUAUGCUUUUAAAUCACAAUUGAGGCAGUCACUUCCAGCGUUAACCAGUCUAUCCCACUCUCACCAGCACAGGUUUCUUGCUCCAAUUAUUGCGAGGCUGCUUUCCAAACUGAUGUAGACAUGUAUGACCCAGCACCUCGGCAGCUGGAUGAACAGCAGCUGUUCACGUGUGUUCCAACCCAGGCAGGAACAUUGUGACUUCUCCUUAGACAAGCUUUACCAGUUUGCCGUCUUCUUUUCCAGUACCUCCCGGUAGGAACCGUGCCUGUCUUGUUUCGGGCGUGCCGUGUCCCUGUGCGCUGAGGAAGCGGCUCUCAGCUAGGCAGCCACAUCGGAUCAGUGGAUCUCCUCCAUACGCUGCAGAGACACAUAUUCCACGCCGUCCUGGCUGAUGGUCGUGCUGUUUGAGACAAGGUUUCAGUUGGGUGCUGAUCUGUAGAGGUGCCUCUUUUAAUCAGGCACCGGAGUUUCCAGUAGUUCGCAUUACAGUCAACAGGACGGUCUUGUGGUUUCACGAAGAUUUCUGCUGCAAGAUUUCUGCUUUCACCAGCUCCUCUCAGGAUUGUUUUUGUUUGUUUCAGAGGUGUGAAGUUUGCCUUUUGGAACAUGGCAGUCAAAUGGACUGGUGGACAUUCGUCCUCUGUAUUGUGCCUAAACGUAAACAUGGAGGGGCUGGUGGCUUCUGGUGCAGAGCAAGGUGAGCUCACGCUCUGGGAUGGAGGAGGCACCCCAGUGGGGCAGCACCAGUUCCCCGAGGCAGACGACGUGACUUCCCUGGUGUUCUCUCCCUGCCAUCCCACCAGGCUCUACGCCUCCCACGGAGAAAUCAUCAGUUUGCUGGAUGUCCGAUCCCUCAAGGAGCCCGUUGAACGCUUCCAUGUGAAUGAGGAGGAGAUCAAUUGCCUCUCUGUGAAUGAGACCAACAGUUUCUUGGCAGCGGCAGAUGACUCGGGGACUAUAAAGGUUAUAGACUUGGAAAACAAGAAAGUCAUCCGGUCCUUGAGACACUCAAACAUCUGCUCCUCUGUUGUCUUUCGACCUCAGAGGCCUCAGAGCCUUGUUUCCUGCGGACUGGACAUGCAGGUUAUGCUGUGGAACCUGCAGAAGGCUCGCGCCAUGUGGACCACCAACCUGCAGGAGUGGGAAACGGAGGCAGACAGCCCACAGUCAGCCGGCCAGUUCCUUAAUCCACCACUUGCCCAUUCCCUGUCUGUCGCAUCGUGCGGCAACGUCUUUGGUUGCGGAGCUCAAGAUGGUAAAGUCAGAAUAUUCAGAGUCACCGGUGCCAAGUUUGAACGGGAGCUGGAAUUCCAGGGUCACAGCUUGGGAGUAUCGCAGGUUCUCUUUCUGCCAGGAGCAUACUGGCUGUUGACUGGAGGAAACGACGGGAAAGUUUUGCUUUGGGAUGUCGGCAGUGACAUUGGAAAGCAGAUGAAAAGCCCAGCAAAAUCUCUCCAGAGGAGGAAGGCCCAAGCACCUGCUUCCACCAGAAAAGAUGGGAAACUUAACAAAGUGGCUUUGAAUGAACCUGUUAGAAUUUUACCAAGGCUGACCAUUCAGCACGGAGAGAAGGUGAACUGGCUCUCCUGUGCAGAGAUCAAAGGCUCCAGGAGAGUGUUAGUUGCUGAUCAAAGCAGCUCUGUAUCUGUGUAUUCGUUGCCAGAACUUUAGGCACCGAGGUGGCAAAUUCCGCUUCUCUGAGCAUUUUAAAUGAGUCCAGUUACACCUGCUGCCAGUGAACAGAGCAGCAGCCCCUGUCGCAUCCUUCGGAAAAUGGGAUUGCUGGGUGUUCGGGCAGGAGCUCUUGGCUGGCGUCAUGCUGCAUUGCUGGUGUUCGCUGCAGUGGUUUGCGGGGCUGUGAGUUUGCAUCUUGAAUUUAACUGAAACGGGUUUUAAUGCAUUUGGGGAUAAUGUUAGUUCCUGCCUAAGCUGACGUAAUUAAGGUUUGAGGAGGACAUCCACACUAACGGUGACAUCUCCGACGCUUGGUGAGGAUGCUGAGUGGUAUCAGAGAUGCCACCGUGUUGAGAACGCUCACAGCGCUUUGCAUCCUCUCCCCACUGAGCUGCGUCACAGCCAGCUGAAAGUGGCCAUUGAGUGAAUACCUUCGUCAUUUGUCAGCAGCUGCAUACAAGACUGGAGAAGCAUCAGCUAAGGAGUAAUCAAAUUACUUCACUGGUUGCUGCUAAUUAGUUUUUUUCACGCUGGAGUGAGUGAAAGAGCAGGGGAGAAUGUUAACGUCUGUUUAACAGGUCAGCUGUCAUAUGCAGUGAGUUGUUUAUACAGGGAAAAAGAACUACGCUUGUCUUAAUAAAUGCUUUCUCUCUGCUUCCUUGUACUCUAUAGCGACAGGCUUCUGUGUCAAGAAUGGUUCUGCGUCCCUGUCAUGAGGGUACGAGAGGCCAAAGGCACGGUUAUUCCUUCCCCAGAGACUUCCACUCUUUUCCCAAAGCCUUAGAAACACAACGAGCAGGACUUGGUGAGCUAGAAACAUCUUGGGAUUUGUGAGUUGAAAGUGGGAAGAACGUAACAAAGUGGGAACUCUGGAUUGGGGCUGGACUCUUCUCCCAAGUGAUGGGUGGAAAUGGCCUCAAGUUGCACCAAGGCAGAUUCAGAUUGGACCCGAGCUGGGUGCAGGACCUUGCCCUUGGCCUUACCGCUGGAGACAGAUGAUCGGUGGGUGCGAGGCAGUGGCCCAGCAGCGAGGUUCUGUCUGGGAUGUCCAUGCCACGUGUGUGCACCCACGGUCUAUAUUUGGAUGCAGGGUCUAUAAAAAGCCUCCACACAAACAGCCACCCGCAGGAGCCAGAUCCCUGUCCCUGGUGUCGCCGCCUGCUUGAGGAGAGUGGAUCGAGUCCACUCAGGCUUUUAUUUCUUCUUUUAGUUCGUCUUUUUGUGUUCUCCGGGAGAAUGGCGAAGAGCAGCAUCUCUCUGCACUCCCUGAAUGAGACGCUGAACAGGGUGGAAGACCAGCUGCACAGCGUGGCUUCUCGUUUUGCCACGCUGGACUCCAGCCUGCAGAAGCUGGCGUGGAAGUUUGAGCUGCAGAGCCAGGUGCUGGAGGAGGAGAAGCGUCGGGAGGGCCCGUGGCCGGGGCUGCUGGCAGAGCGGCCGUGUGUGGAGGCUUCAAAGGACGGUUCAGUUGGCCCUCAAGGAUUGAUCAAGAAACCCAAGACCCUCGAAGACCCCCACCUGAAAUAACCAGGCAUGGACUAAGGGGAGGAGGCAUAUAAAAUUAGUUUUGGACGUGUAAUUAAUGCUAAUGAGUAGACAUGGUUUCCCGUAAGAAACGAGGAAUCGCCCGAGGGUUUCAGCAUGCACCGACAGCUUGGACUGAGACCCCAUGCAUCAAUAAAAGAAUGACG